AUGUUUCCAGAUUUAGUCGGAACUUCCAAGCGAUCCUACACACUCAUCCUGGAAGCCUGGGACUGGGAUAACUCCACUCAGAACACCGGUGAGGAGAAUUUGAUCGAGCGACACAUUCACGCCAGCAUGGUGAAUCCUGGCAACCACUGGCAGUCCAUCCGGCACCCCGGCAUCACGGCCCACAUUGAGUACCGCAUCCGGGUCAGGUGUGACGAGAACUACUACGGGAGUAAGUGCAACAAACAGUGCCGGCCAAGAGACGACUACUUCGGGCAUUACCGCUGCGAUCCAUCAGGAAAUAUUGUAUGUCUAGACAGCUGGAUGGGAGAGGACUGCCGGACAGCAAUCUGCAAGCAGGGCUGUAAUCUGAUUCACGGAGGCUGUACGGUGCCUGGAGAAUGCAAGUGCAACUACGGCUGGCAGGGCCAGUUCUGUGACGAGUGUCUGCCUUACCCCGGCUGCUUGCAUGGGACAUGUAUCAUCCCCUGGCAGUGCACUUGUGAGAAGAACUGGGGCGGCCUCCUCUGCGAUAAAGUUUGUGUUGAUGUUGCAGACAUGGAUGAAUGUGCCUCCAGCCCGUGUGCGCAAGGCGGAACAUGUAUUGACCUGGAAAAUGGCUUUGAGUGUGUCUGCCCUCCUCAGUGGGUUGGGAAGACGUGUCAAAUCGAUGCAAAUGAGUGUAUGGGGAAGCUUUGUGUAAAUGCUCACUCUUGCAAAAACAUGAUUGGUGGAUAUCACUGUGACUGCUUUCAAGGAUGGGCCGGACAGAACUGUGACAUCAAUCUCAAUGGCUGCCAUGGACAGUGCCAGAAUGGAGCAACAUGCAAGGAGCUGGUUCAUGGAGGUUACCACUGUCAGUGUCCUCCAGGGUUUGUGGGCUUGCACUGUGAAGUUUCAAGGAACAAAUGUGCCAGCGGUCCUUGUCAAAAUGGCGGCCACUGCCAUGUCAUUCUGGACAGCUUUGUUUGUGAAUGCCCGCCAAACUAUGCAGGGAUGCUCUGUGAGGUGGAGAGUCUCUCUCACCCAAACCCCUGUGAAUCGAACCCCUGUCAGAAUAAGGCUUUGUGCUACAGUUUGCCUGGUGACUUCUACUGCGCCUGUCCUGAAGACUACGAGGGCAAGACAUGUGAAAACCGCAAGGACCACUGCAAGACAACCCCUUGCCAAGUGAUUGACAGCUGUACAAUAGCUGUGGCGAGUAACAGCUCAGAUGGGGGUGUGAGACACAUCAACUCUAAUGUGUGUGGUCCUCAUGGCCGCUGUAUCAGCCAGCUGGGCGGCAACUUCACCUGCACCUGUGAGCUCGGCUUUACAGGAACCUACUGCCACGAGAAUGUAAACGACUGUGUGAGCAAUCCGUGUCGAAACGGAGGUACCUGCAUCGACGGGAUCAGCUCUUUCCAAUGCUUCUGUCCGGAUGGCUGGGAGGGUGACCUUUGUGACCUCAAUGUGAACGAGUGCAGUCGGAGCCCCUGUAAGAAUGCCGGCCGCUGUGUGGACCUGGUCAAUGACUUCUACUGUGAAUGUGCCAAUGGCUGGAAAGGAAAGACCUGUCAUUCACGUGAAAGUCAGUGUGAUGCCACCACAUGCAGUAAUGGAGGGACCUGCUAUGACCACGGAGACACUUUCCGCUGCGCCUGCCCUCCUGGAUGGAGAGGAAGUACAUGCAACACAGCAAAGAGCAGCACUUGCGCCUCCAGCCCCUGCCUGAACGGAGGAACAUGCGUGGGUGGUGGUGACACGUUCACCUGCAUCUGUAAAGACGGCUGGGAGGGGCCCACCUGUGCUCAGAACAUCAACGACUGCAACCCUCACCCCUGCUACAAUGGAGGAAUCUGCGUGGACGGGGUGAACUGGUUCCGUUGUGAAUGCGCCCCUGGAUUCGCUGGACCCGACUGUCGUAUCAACAUUGAUGAGUGCCAGUCAUCACCCUGUGCCUAUGGUGCCACCUGUGUGGAUGAGAUCAAUGGCUUCCGAUGUGUCUGCCCACUCGGUCGCACCGGACCUCAAUGCCAAGAGUUCAUUGGCACUGGGAAGACGUGUCACUAUGCUGGACUUCAGUUCCCGCAUGGCAGCCGCUGGGAGGAAGAAUGCAACACUUGUCAAUGUGUCAACGGCAAAGUGGAGUGCACCAAGGUGGUGUGUGGCAGGCGGCCGUGCCUGUUGCCAGGGACGCCAGGGCGAGAGCUUCACUCCUGUCCAGGAGGUCGAGAAUGCCUGGAGCACAACUUCCUGACGUGUCUCUCUCCCCCUUGCCACCAGUGGGGGUUUUGUUCAAGCCCUGAAGCCACCCUGACCCUCCAAACCAAAUGUGAGCCCAACUCAGUCUAUCUGGACAAGAGCUGUGCUCGCAUCACCCUUAUAUUCAACAGGGACAAACUACCCACAGGAACAACAGUGGAGAACGUCUGCUCAGAGCUGAGGUAUAUGCCUGCCACGCGGAGCCUGGCGAAAGAUCGCACGCUGUUGGUUCUUUGUGACCUCUCCUACAAAAACCAGGACGCAGUAGAGGUGGCCAUAUCGUUCCAGCAGGACGAGCAGCCUAACCACAGUCAGAUCCAAGAGGCAGCUAGUACCAUAGUCAGCACGCUGUCCAAGCGGCACAACAGCACCGCCAUGCUUGCCGUCAUCGAGGUCAAAGUGGAGAUGCCGGUCAUGUCCCAGCCAGUGGACUACCUGGUGCCUGUGUUGUGUGUCAUCUUGUGCAUACUCUGGGUCUUCUGCGUCAUCGUCUGUGUGUGGUGGACCCGUAAGCGUCGAAAAGAGCGUGAGAGGCGUGAGCGCGUGCCCACGGAGGAGAGCGUCAACAACCAGUGGGAACCGCUGAGGCCCGUGACGCGGCCGCAGCACAAGGACAACCGGGACGCGCAGUACGAGCGCACCAAGCUCAUGGACUCCCCGGAUCGGACCUGCACAAGCGGGGAGGACGAGGAGGAGAUGGAGGAGGAAGAGCUGGAGCUGGUUGAAGAGUGGUGUGGGACAGAGGGGGGCAAGGGUCCCAUCCAAAAGUACUCUAAACCUGCAGCACGGACCAAGAACGGGCUGAUCUGCACCAUGCGGAGCAGCGGUAGUGGCGGCUGCAGCAGCCCUUCCCUCAAAGCACCCUACUGGACAGGCUUCAGCCCAAAGGACAACAGCUGUAAAAAUGUCAAUAAUGCCAUCACCGGCCAAGAGCACAAAGAACAUUGCGUAUGAGCUCCGUCGAGCAGGAUGAGGAGACCAAGGCCAUCUCAGAAACGGGAGUUUUUCCCAUGUGUUAUUUUUAUGUUUGACUUCUUCGAGAUGUUUUGAGGCUGAUAAAGUGGCAAAUUUCUUUCGUUCCUUUUUUUAUGUACAGAGGAAGCAAAUUAUAUUUCUUUAUAAGGAGGCGGUGAGAAGCCGUUUUUUUGUUUUCGGAGAAAAAAACUGCUGGAUUAGGAGCAGGACUAAGGAACUCGUGAGAGAAACCGUAUAAAGACUUUUACGUUGUUGUUUACAAAUGGCUGUGCUUUUGGUUUUGUUUCGAGUGGCCCAAUGUCGGUGCAGACCACGUGCGGGGGGUGGGGGACGCUGGCUUCGGGGGAUCCCCCUUCAACCGUUCAUCUGUUCUCCUUCCACGCCUGCCUUACCGAGCUCGUUGUCCGUGAGGAGGGCUACGGUGCCUAUAAAGUGGCCUUGUUUUUUCUGUCCUUUCUGUCAUCUUGGCUGAAUGCUCUUUAAAAAAAAUGGAUUGCUGUAUUUUGAGUCGGUCGCAAGUGCCUUCAGACAAGCCCCUCGGUUUCAGGGUCUCCUGACCCAAUAGAUCACGACAAAGAGGAGAGGCUGGUCUUAAGAGCAGCUCCCAUAUCACCAUCAAGGUAUUUGUUUAAACAAAGACAAGAGAUCUGUAAAUAUGUGUAUAUAAUAAAGGAGUCGCUGUGUAUAUUUGAAUUUAGUAACUUAAGUCACUUUUUUAUUAUUAUUAUUAUUAUUAUGAUUUAAAUAUUAUGAUUAUUAUUGUUUGUUUUUUUGUUUUACAUACCAUUCCUUUUAUUUAUGCCAGUUGAUAUGGCAUGUUUUGUAAGAUGUAUACAGCGUCCCAGUCAGAACAAAAAUAUAAUCAGAGAUCAUCCUAUUAUGUUGUUGGUUUUUGUUUUCACUAGACACCUAUACAAUCGUGUGCUGUAUUGUGGCGUGUGUUCGCCUUCUUGAAGACCCCUAUUCCCUUUCCACACCUGUCCUUUCUUGCUGAGCAUAAAACCAUGCUGCUUGUUUCUUGUAAAAAUGCUGAUAUGUCAAAAUUAUGAUGUCCAACUGUUUUCUCCUUCUUUUCUGUUUUUGUUUGUUUGUUUGGUUGGAUCUAAACUUCAUGAAGGGAGCAAUUAUGUUGUAAAGCAUUUGUACUCGAGGUACCAGCUCAAAGAAAUGGAUUACCUCAGAAACGGCUGGCUAUGAUUUGAUUUCUUUCAUCAUGAUGUUAAAUAUUAGAUUUCGUUUUUUUGCUUAUGGGAAGAUAACAAACGUUUAAAACUGUUCCUGAACAACUGGUUCACAAUCAAGUGCAAGCAAACAAGUAUAAAUAAGCAAGUUAAGCUCAAUGUCCGUUAUGGUAGGGAAAUGGGGUGGAGCUGGAGGAGAGUUUUCUUGUUUUGUUUUGUUGUUUUUUUUAAGAUGUAUUAUUAUAAUUUUGUUUGUACAGGAGAAUUGCUCUGAAAAAAAGUUAUUUGGUUCAUUUAGUGGAAUUUAUGUUUGUUCUUAGAAAUAAAUCAAACUAUUUAUUAAAGCAUUUUAUAACAAUGUGCUCAAAAGAGCCACUGUCUGCUGGUGUUCAGUACUAAAGGCGCUCGUCUGAGUUUGUGGUAAGUCUUUUCAUCAUAUCGUAUUACCAAUACAACAAAAUAAUCCCCCUUCCCCUUCCCCUGCCAGAGGUGAGGACGACUCCGGAUCGAUACAGGAACUCGUGCUUCCAGUCGAGAUGCUACUGACAGGAAGCAGCCAAUGGUAACUGGUCUCCUGUUCUCGGCUGACUGCUGGCUAGCCAAUAGACGAUGGGUUUCUCGUGGCUUCAUCUGGUGUGAAUGUUUUAUGAGAAUGCUUAUGAUGAUGCAGUGAGUUUGUUAUGGUUUCGUUCCACAAGUAACGGGCUUUAAUGGAACGGAGGCCUGGAGUUGUGUUUCACAUCACUCACAAUACCAUAGUGUUUGGGUUUAGGUGUCUCUUAUGGUGUAAGUGAACUUGGGUCGUAGAAGUAAAGUGGGGAAAAAGUACUUUGUGAGAUAAGGAAAAUCCAGUGAAGAAGAGGAGACCAGCGCUGUUGGGAGCUGUAAUUAAUGAGGGUUUGAUAAAUGUUUUUAAUGGUAAAUGGCCUAAAUGAAAUAAACUAGCAACCCUGUUGUUGCAUCCCUUCUUAGAUAUUCUAGGGAAAGCAUUGUACAAACAGUGCUUUCAUAUACCAUAAACUUACUGCAUUUUUGUGUGAAUGUCGUCACGCCACAAGAAAAAAUAACAAGGCAAAAUCUUUCUUGACCUGAUGAUGUAAAGCUUUACUGCUCUGGGGUCAUUCCUGUUGAGAAGUAGAUUUUCAUAUCCCUGUCAAAUAUGUCUUAAUAUAUGAUACAUUAUUAAAACAUUACACAGCUUUCUUUAAUCACAAUUAUUUGAACAUAAGGUGAAUUAUAAGUUAUUUAACCCAUUUGAAUUGAACAGAUGUCAUUUUUAUCAUGUCACUGGCAAAAAAGACACAUAUAUAUAUAUAUAUA